AUGCUGACAGAGAAUCAUCACAAAGUCGAUCCCGAUAUUGCACGAUCAAUUGUCGUAUCAGGAGUUCCAGAAAGUCAAUCGCCUAACUCUGUCGAUCGCGCUCAUCAUGAUAUUCAAUGUAUAUAUUCACGAAUUGAAUGUAUCCCUUCUAUGGUCUUCCGCAUGGGUAUUAAAAAUAGUUCAAGGCCCAGACUUUUGAAAGUUGUACUACCUAGUAGUCGGUUCCAGAUAGAAACAAUCAAGAGAGCACCUCGAUUACGUUUCUUUUCUCAGAGAGGUGUGUACAUUCGACCUUCUCUCACAAAAGAGGAACGAGAACGUAGACGUGAGGCCCGUCAGAAAAAUAGCGAUCGCAAUAACAACACAGCAGUUGAAACAACACAACGUAAUAACUCCGAGCGUGCUAAAUUCGAUGGAUACCACUUCACAGGGAAACCUCCGACCUCUCCUCGGCUAGAACCUAGGAUAAAGUGUAUCCUUUCUAAUAUACGAUCAUUGAUAAAAAAUUAUAAUUCUUUGGUUCUACUUCUACUUCAUGAAAACUAUGACCUGGUUCUUAUUACAGAGACAUGGCUCACCUCAAAACAUGAUACUACCCCCCUCCUAGGCGUUGUGAGCUCGCAAUAUGAUGUUUUACGUUGUGAUCGUCUCCAGAAAAGAGGUGGUGGAGUUCUUGCCCUAAUCAAGAAUACUAUGUCUUACGAAAUCGUUCACAAAGAAUCACUGAACGAUGCAUUCGAAAUACUUAUAGUUGAUCUCAUUAUUCGCCAUCAGACUUUUAGAUUAAUACUAGUUUACAGAACCCCAAUAUGUAAUACUCAUAACUGCAGUUGUUGUGCAAGCUGCAGCAAUGCACCUUCCUUGAUUGUAGGCGACUUCAAUCUAGCUGAUAUUGAUUGGCAUGUUGAUAACCAGUUUGCUGAUUGCAACUCCAUUUCUAGGGAUUUCCUCGAUAUGUUCCGGUCGCACAACUUUGUACAAUUUGUCAAAAACCCAUCCCGGGGCGACUCAUAUCUUGAUCUAGUUUUAUGUAACGAUGACCACUUGAUUCAUCGAUUAGAAAUGCAGGCUCCAAUCGGUAAUAGUGAUCAUGCUUCUAUUAUAUUUGACCUUAAUGUCAGUUCCCUGAAUGUGGCUCCACGGAGAUGGAUCAGAGAUUUCAACAAGGCUAAUUACGGAGCUAUUGGGAAUUAUCUGAGCGAUAUUGAUUGGGUUGGAUCUUUUGCAACUGUAAACUCGAUUGAGGAGAAAUACGAGCUAUUCAUUACGAUACUAAACGACGCUAUAAGCAUUUUUGUUCCACUAGUGCAUGCGUCGAAGAACGUCCGUUACAAGAUCCCGCGAUACCUUGAGAGAAUGAUUUGUCAACGGAGUCGCCUAUGGAAAAAUGCGGUAUCAGGAGAUUGUGAUGCAAGCUGGGAUGAAUAUAAAACUUUUGACAUGAAACUAAAUAAAUGUAUGACAAAAUAUAAUGCAUAUUUAGAAAGGAAAAUAACAGAGUCUACGGAUCCCACUAAGCUAUUUACCUACAUCACUAAGCGUCUCAAAGACACUAAGAAGAUACCGGCAUUACGAAUUGAUGAAACUACCCUCGCUAUACUUGACGGUGAUAAGGCAGAAGUACUUGCUGAAUCUUUCCAAAAGCGCUUAAUAAUGAGGCGAGGUGCGGAUGAAGAGAAGAAGAAACCAUCUGAAACGCAGAAGCAGUGUACAACACGCUGUGUAAGAUGA